CUUCAAAGUUAAAAAAAAAAUAAUAAUAAUAAAAAUAAAAAAUAAUAGUAUUAUUAUUCUACUGGGGGACAUUUAUAACACAACACAAAUAUUUAUGCAUUUAUUAUUGUUGGUUUACUGGAGAUUCGCACCGAAAGGCCUAAACUGAGAGACAGCGUCACCGGUUGCCCGGCAUACUCCUCCGACACUACUCGGCGGCGCAACCUCCUCUCCUCCCUUUUCUCUUCUCUCUCUCUUUCACUUGUGACUAGACGAACAAGAUUCUUCUUUUUGCAGUCUUUAUAAAUACAGUUUUUUAAUAGUAUUUUAUUUACAAUAUUUUAUGGAAUUAUAUAAGAAGUAGUAAUAAUAAUAAUAAGGAGAAGAAAAAAACGAAUCAUCGGAAAUUCAUUCAUUAUUGUUCCCAUUUAUUUGAUCCGUAAGUGUUAUUUUCUCACAUCCUGUGAUCCGCGCCCUUGGAGUUUGCGCGCGGGAAUACUGGUGAUUUAUCUAUCCACAACUUUUAUGGGCGACUCGACGGUCGGCGGUCUCCGCCCCUGCUCCGGCGAGCUAGACCUCGCCGACCAAGUCUCUCGUCUGGUGGAGCAAUCCAAGGAGCUCCAGGAAUCCGCCUCCUCCUUAAUUUCUCGCACCUCCCGCGAAGAAGAUUCCCUCCGACAGCGAGCCAACUCUCUCAAUUCCACCCUCCAAAAUCUCCUCUCCACCGUCCGCAAAUCCAAUCUCGACUCCAAUCGCUCCGAGAAAGUAAUCUUCAUUCAUUCUACCGUAUUAUCCUUUUAUUUUCAUACUUUUCCUGGGAUAUAUAUGUGUUAUUUGUUUGCUUAUUAUUUGCUUUUUCUUCAGCUGGAGGAGGAACUGUUUAGAGCUAGGUAUAUACUGAGCGAAGGAGAUGCUGCUGCGUUUCUGCCUAGCAAAUCUCACGGCCGGUUCUUGAGGAUGUUUCUUGGUCCAAUUAAUGUGCGCGCAAGUCGCAAAGAUGUACAAUUGAAAGUGAAAGAGGAGUACAAUAGCUUCAGAGACAGGACGGCAUAUCUUUUCCUUCUUUUCCCCCUGUUGCUGCUGGUUUCAAGGUCUUGUAUCUGGAAUGGAUGCCUACCGGCAUUGCCAGUUCAGCUUUACCAGGCUUGGUUGUUAUAUCUGUACACCGGUUUGGCUUUACGAGAGAACAUUUUGAGAGUGAAUGGAAGUGACAUUCGUCCAUGGUGGAUAUAUCAUCACUACUUUGCAAUGGCUAUGGCACUCAUAAGUCUUACUUGGGAAAUAGAAAGAGAGCCUGAUUGUGCACAGAAGCAGAAAGGGGUUCUGCUAUUCCUGAGAUGGGCUAUCAUGCAAGGAAUUGCCAUGCUUCUUCAGAACAGAUAUCAACGGCAAAGACUGUAUACACGGAUUGCUCUGGGCAAGGCUGGAAGAAUGGACGUGGUGUGGGGCGAGACAGCUGGAGUUGAGGGCCAGUUGUGGCUGCUAUGCCCUAUACUCUUCAUUUUGCAGGGGUUUGAAGCGUAUGUCGGACUCCUGUUGCUUAAAACUGCAUUGGUUGGUGUUACAUCUGAGUGGCAGGUAAUCACAUGUGGUAUACUUUUGAUAAUUAUGGCGGUUGGGAAUUUUGCCAACACGGUGCAAACCCUGGUAAGCAAGUCACGGGUUAAAGCCAAGAUGAAGAAAGGCAAAAGCAAGCAAGAAUUGGAUCGUCAGGGAUCUAGCAAGUGUCAAUAGGUUCACAGGAGGAGCUUGCUUCCUUGAUUGUGUUUACACUGUAGUAGUUCCAAGAACAUGAUCAAGAUAGGUCCUAUGUUCUCCUCGUGGCCUUCAUUCAAAUACUGUUGCAUAUGGAAGGGCUUUUGCUCCUGAUAAUUUCUGACAGACUUUUGAAUUCUGUAGAGUACCGAGGCGUGUGGGCUGAGUAGUACACCUCCUGGUUUAGUUAUUAAUUUUUGAAGAAAAGUCAUGUUGUCUAAAACCAUUUUUUUGCUCGAUAGCUUCAACCGGAGGAUUUCCCGUAGUAAAGUUUUCCUUGUAUGUUUGGUAUUUGAUGCUGAAUCUAGGCAAAAUAUUUUUGGUCUUUGUUGAUGCUUGAUCAAUCUUCAUUGUAUUCAUUGUUCGUCUUCUUGCUCCCUUGUGUUUUACAUGUUGGAAUUGUGGCUGUUCUAGGUUUAAGUCUGUUUUAGUUCUUAGCAGCUCCUUGAGCGAAUUGUGGCUGUCUUUUGUUUUGCAGAGCCAAAAGAAAGUGUGCACGUGCUAUUUUGCAAAAAAAGGACCCCAAAACAGAGGUUAAGGACUUUUAUGAGUGUGUAUGGGUAAUUUGGAUACUUGGAUAGUGUUUUCUUUCAUUGGGAUGGAGGUACUAAAGUGAUACAAAACUACGAAAACUGUGAGAGAUUGAGCAGCCAUGCCAUGGUGGUGCACGAUGCUUCUCAUCUCUGAAGUUGGGAGUUUGAAUAUUUAUUUUGUGAUGAUGAAGCAUUUUGCUUCCUGCAUGAAAAUGUUAUUCUUUUGAUAUUAUCCUUUAAAGUCAGCAUUUGGGAGAACCUAAUGGAAAAGAAAUUCUUCUCUAUCCAGCUGAGGUUUUAUUCUCCUAACUCAGUUGCACGCUCAAUGGAAUGUCUUCUCAAACGUCAAAAAAAUUGGGGAGCCAGAGUUUGCAAUCAUGUUAUUCUCUUUUGGCAGAGGACGUCGCCCAAUUGAAGCCGGUAGAAGUUGUCAUCGUGUGUGGUAAGCCUAAAAGGCCAUCAGAGGUCGUCUGGAAAUGCAAUAACCUAUCGAGUUGCUCACCAACCAGAUAACAAAUCCCAGACACCAUGAAUCCCAUGAGGAUGAAUUCUGCUAUGGUUUUCACAUACGCUUUGGGAGGCAUCUGAACGUAAGCUUUCCCAGUCGCAAGCGCCAGUAUGCACCCCAGAGCUGAGGAUGCAGAUGCAAGCAUCUUGAGAUCCCUAGCAUUACUACUAUAGCUUGUCUUCUGGAAGGACAAGGUGUAAGCUGUCGGAGGUAUUAACCCGAAGAUCAGGAAGGAGAGGAUGGCGACAGUUGCAUGAAGCAAGUAGUUCUCACGGCGUCCCAGUAGUUCCUGAUAUCGAUCUAUGGGGUGAUCAUCGCUCAUUGGCUCUUUCUUCAAUUCCUUAAGCUGCAAAUUUUGAGAAUAAGUUCAGCAUAAAUGUAACAACUGUAUGUCUACAUUCUGGAUGGAAAACAAUGCAUUUGUAAGGAAAGGAGGAAUACUGAUUUCUAAUACUAUAUCGGUAUAUUGUACAAUCUUUUUGGCUAUUAUUCCUAAAAAGGGGAAAGAACUGUAAAAUGCAUCAUAAAAUUUUUACUAUAAGCAGCUUAAAGUUGAAGCAAAGCUCACAUUGUGAAAUAUGAGGACAACUCCGCCGCACAGAUUAGCCAGUGAUAGAGUCAAAAUGUUCACUGCAAACGACAUGAAAAAAAAACACAGGUGAGAUGCAUAUCCCUAUAACAAUAACCUACAAAUUAGGUUUUAAAAACAAAGUGUAUACAGAUCCAACAGGUUUUGCAGAAAAAUGAAAAAAAAAAGCCCUGGUGCUAUAUCACAUUCUACUAAUCUGUGACACAAAGGCCAUGACUCUCAGUAAUACUCAUCCAUUAAUACUUACAUGUUGCUGUACCACCGCCAGCUGCAGAUGAUACAAUACCUAGGCUGACAAU